CCUUGGGAAUGAAGAUUAGGAAGGUAAAGAGAAGCGCGCUAUUUUCUUCGCUCGCUUGAUGAGCGUCUCUAAACCUUUUUGCCUGGUAAAUGUAUUAGCCCUGGUGCUUCGGUUCCCGAGAGACAAAGGAGCCCCGCUGCAGGCCAGAGAGCGGAACUGAUGUGGAGGCGGCCGUGAAAGUGUGGAAGAGAGAGAAAGAGCGGAGCAGCAGCGAAUUCUGUGAAAAGCGCCUCUCUGGGGCUGCUCCCGAAAAGAGGCAGAGCUUGCGGCUAGAUGGAGAGAGGAAAGCUCCGGGCGGCAGCGUCUGUUUGCCUGCAUCCGCUUCCCUGAACACUAACAAGCCUUUCGGGGGAAUCUGUUUUGCCCCCAGCAGAGCUACAUGGCAACCCCCGCGGUCUGAAAGAGAGGAUCUGAAAGAAUCUUGGAGAAGAGUAACUUGCUGCAAGAGGUCACAAUGAACUGGACACCAGUUGUGAGCUUAACUGUGUUAUGGGCAACAUGGCUAGUGUGUGGCUCACAUAAGCCAAUGAGGCAAGCUGAGAGAGGGAGUCUUGGAGUCAGAAAAGAACCUGUGGCCUACAGGAGCAAUUUCAGGAGAUCUAUUUCAACCCAGCCCAGGUUGGGCAAGGUGCCUCAAAGACGUGUAAAUCUUUCUGGGAGAUAUUGGCAACGUCCCCUUGUUAAAAGGGAUUCUUUGGAACCUAAAAACCUAGCAGCGUCUUCCUCAAAAAAUAAAUCUCAGGUUCAGAUAAGGACUGGCGAGAUAAAAAUACGGCAGAUGAAAAGACCUAAGUUGGAAAUGAUUAAAGAUGAAGGAACAUCCACUGCAGUCCAAUCACGUGUUGUGCGUUUUCCAUUAGGGUCCAGUUCUCCCAAUAUCCUGGCUAGCUUUGCAGGCAAGAAUAGAGUCUGGAUUAUCUCUGUUCCUCAUGCCUCAGAUGGCUAUUACCGGCUCAUGAUGAGUCUGCUGAAGGACAAUGUCUAUUGUGAGCUAGCGGAAAGACAUGUCCAGCAGAUUAUACUGUUCCACGGGGAAGGUGAAGAAGAUAGUAAAGUUAGGAAGAUAUCCCCUGAAGGGAAAAUCCUAGAGCAGCCUCUAGAUCCAAGCCUCAUUCCCAAACUCAUGAGCUUUUUGAAACUAGAGAACGGGAAAUUUGGAAUGGUGUUGUUAAAGAAGACGUUACAAGUUGAGGAACGCUAUCCUUACCCAGUAAGGUUGGAAGCUAUAUAUGAAGUCAUUGACCAGAGUCCCAUCAGGAAGAUUGAGAAGGCAAGGCAAAAAGGCUUCAUUCAGAAAUGUAAAGCAGCUGGAGGAGAGGGCCAGAUCAUCAAGGAAGGGAUCAAUGGGGGCAGCAACACAAGAGCAGCUCCCAGUGGUGGUCGUGUCCAGUCAUUCCCGAGAAAGGAAGAAACAAGAAAAGGCAAAAUGCAACCAACCAGAGUGAAAACUGUGAAGAAAGUGGUGGUGGCCACAUUGCCAUCUCUUUCGCCCACUAUAUCUAGAGCCACUACCUUUCCUCCAACAACCACAACUCUCAAGCCAAUUGCCAGAAUAACGACAAUACCAAGCAGACCCACAACCACCAUCACAACUACUCCAACUACACAGAGAAUAUGGACCACAAAGUCACUCACCCAACUUCCUACAGAGCCCGAGACAACUAUUGCUUCUGAGACAGAGACAUCCCUUUCCAUGGGGAAGGAAAACCGCAGAGGAAAGCAUCCAGGUCAAAGACAACCAACAGCUACUAAAAGACCCAGGAAAGCCAGUCAUUAUGACACUUACACAGAAAUCCCAAGGGCCACCUCAGAGCAUUACACCAAGGCAAAUGCUGGCAGAUUCAAAGACAAUCGGACAGACAAGAAGGAGAGUCGGGACCCUGGCAUCACAGCUGGCCAGCAGAAGCCUCCUAAAAGCAAGCAGUCCAAACAGAAAGCCCAGGAUAAGAUACUGAGCAAUGAAUAUGAAGAUAAAUAUGACUUAGGGCAGCCUACCAGUCCUCAUGUAGAGGAAAGCAUCCCCAUAGGAAAUAUUCCACCCAAGAAAGCCAAAGAGUCAAAAAAACGCAUCCCUUCAAAAAAAUCUGAAAAGAAGAAAGAAAGAUAUGACAAGAAAAUUGAGAGGCAGGCCAAGAAGGACAGAGCUGAAAGGAAAAGCAAGCAAGAGAAAGAGCGCAACAAGAAAAACAAGAAAGGGAGCAAAAUAGAGACUGGAGGAAGCCUGAAACCCCACGCUAAGCCUUUCACACAGAAAUCUGUGACAAACCUUCUGAACUUCUUUGAAGGCAAAAGACGACUUUUGCUGAUCACAACACCCAAAGCUGACAACAACAUGUAUGCGCAACAGAGGGAUGAAUAUUUGGAGAGCUUUUGCAAAAUGGCGACUAGAAAAAUUUCAGUUAUCACCAUCUUUGGCACAAUGAACAACAGUCAUAUGAAGAUCGAUCAUUUCCAGCUAGAUAAUGAGAAUCCUAUGAAGGUGAUAGAGGACGAAGACCUGGUGGAUCAGAAUCUCAUCAAUGAGCUGAGAAGAGAAUAUGGAAUGACCUAUGAUGACUUCUUUAUGGUGUUAACAGAUUCUGAUAUGAAGGCCAAGCAAUACUAUGAAGUGCCUAUUGCCAUGAAGUCUGAUUUCGAUGGAGUAGAAACAUCUUUUUCUUCAAGGAAGAAACAGUCCAGUUGCCUUUUGAAGAAAAAAAAGGACUUUUGAGACUGUAUAACAUGGGGAUUUUUUUUAGUAUGUCCUCUUUUUCAUUCCAGAUUCCGUUGGAGAAGGAGACUGUUGGUAAUAUCCACUCCCAAUGAAGAAGACUGGGCCUAUUCACAGCAGCUUACAGCCCUGAAUGGGCAAGCAUGCAAUUUUGGUCUGCGGCAUAUAAUUAUCCUUAAGUUAUUAGGCAUGGGAGAGGAGAUUGGUGGAGUCCUAGAACUAUAUCCAAUCAAUGGGAGCUCCAGUGUGGACAGAGAAGAUGUCCCUGUUCAUUUGGUGAAAGACAUUCGCAAUUAUUUCCAGAUCAGUCCUGAAUAUUUUUCCAUGCUUUUGGUUGGCAAAGAUGGGAAUGUCAAAUCUUGGUAUCCUUCCCCAAUGUGGUCCAUGGUGAUUGUAUAUGAUUUAAUUGACUCUAUGCAACUUCGACGACAGGAGAUGGCCAUUCAGCAGUCACUAGGCAUGCGAUGCCCAGAAGAUGAAUAUGCAGAGUAUGGCUACCAUGGUUAUCACCAAGGUUAUCAGGAAGGUUACCAAGAUGAUUAUCAUCAUCAUGGAAGUUACCACCAUGGAUACCCCUACAGAAAGUAGCAAUUUAGCCUUCGACUGCUUGCAUCCUACUAGUCAUUCAAGUCACAAAAGGCCACAUGCGGAAAUUGCUUUAUGAUUGCGUGAACAUUUUCUAUUGCCUUAGUGUUCAGUCAAGGGAGCGUAUAAAAUUUGGCCUUCUCUGUAACACACAUUUUCAUGAACUGAAAGAGGUGAAAUUAAUUUCACUGAUGCCUUAUGAAAUAAAGACUCCUUUAUAUUUUAGAGCUCUUCUAACUUGAGGUAUUUCCUUGUGUUGUGUGUAUAUAGAAUAAGAAACUCUUUCCUAAUGGUGAUUAUUGUAUGGUGGAUAGGAUAUAACAUAUACAAUGGACUUCAGUUUUUGUCAAACUGCAUCCCCACUCCCUCAGGAAAUAUAUAUUUGAGAGCUGUGAAGCUUUAUUGAAGAGGAAGAAUAGUGAAUUGUGUUGCAGAAUACAAUCUUCACACUGCAGUUUUUUAGGAGGGUUUAUGAUAGUUAAGAAAAUGAUUUCUAGAGGUGUUUUAAAAAUGCUUUGACUAAAAUAACUUUGUUCAUAGUAUGCGAUCUCUAUAUGAUUCUGUCAAUUACCAAUCUGAAGAGUUUCUAGAACUAACAAUUUAAGAAUAGUCUGAUUUUGAGUGAAAAUACAA